AUGCUAAACAAUCAAUUAGUUUGCUUGAUAGUUGGUGAAACCGCUAAUACUCAAUUUUUAAGCUGGAGACUUAGCUUGGGUAACUCUUUUUUAAUUUUGGUAUCCCAGUAUGUUCCAAGUGAUGGACUUGUUGGUUGGAAAUCCUCGAAGCUAGGUGCCAACUUUUACACGCCAAAUAUAUUCACCAAAGAUGUCAAAGAGCUCUCUUCUAGACUUAUCAACGCAGCUGAUGGUUCUUGUAAGUACUCCAUAGAUAUUAUGAUAAUUGCUGGCAUAUCAAUAGAGUCAGUCAAGCUCAACUGCCUUGAACUAUCCAAAUUUGUCACGAAAGAGACGUGCAUUUUAAUCAGUGCUGAUUUUGGUUGCGAAUUAGAGGAAAUUGUUUCCCGCAAUAUUGGCAACGAAUGCAAUUGCAUCUUAUCUAUCUCAUGCGAUGUUGAAUGUAGACAAUUGUCCUCGGGAUCGUACGCAUUAGUUAAUGACGACAACUGCCGAGUUUAUUUUGGAAUAACAUACACAUCAAAGAAUUAUGCUGAUGAUGACACACUUCUAAAUAAUGAAGUGAAAUUCCACAAAGAAAUGAAUGACAAAGAUAGUAGUUUGAAUAGCAUGAUCGAAAAAUUGACCGCCACGCCUUGGAUAAAAGUUAAGAAGUUUAAUGAUUCUCAAAAAAUGGCAAUAAAGAUGUGGGAAUCCAUAAUUCCAAAGAUUUCGUUGAACAUUCUGUCAAUUAUCUACGAGCAAUUCGAUUACGAUUUAAUGUUACAGGACAAAAGUAUUGAAACAAUGUUCAAAGACCUCGUCAGAGAGUUAUUUGAAAUAUGUACAGCUCAAUGUCACGCAGAGGUGGUUGAAUACUUAUUACCUCCUGGAAAUGAAAAUGAGAGAAUAAACUUUGACAGCAUCAUUGAACAUUGCAGAAAAAAAAAAAUAGAGCUCAUAACGAGCACUGCUCAUGAGUAUCCUGAAUAUUUAUCUCUACCCUUUGAACCAUACUGUUUCUAUCACAGAUUUGAAUAUCCCGCUCAAAUACUUCUUUACCAGCCAAUUUCAUUGGCCAAAAAGUAUAGUGUUACAUGCUCAAAUCUGAAUUUUUUGUUUGGAUUUUAUUCAAGACUGCUUUCCCUCAGCGGAUUAUCUAUAAAAGGAGGCAGAAUUGAGCGUGAUGUAACACAUUUCGAUCAAUUGAUAUCUUCGUCAUCAUCAGAAUCAAUUGAUGAAGCAUCCCGUUCAGAAGGUAAAUCUAGAAAAAAAUCCGCUGGGAAGAGAAAUUCAGAUUAUUUCAAUUUUGGAUUCUCUAUGUCGCUACCCACCGGAACAAAUCAAGGUUUGCCCAAAAAUGUUGAAGCUCAAUACACCAAUGGCCUGAGUGUCCCACCUAACACUAAAAGCUCUCAAAGUGAUGAGUACCGUAACGCAGAAGAUGCCAGUUCAGAUGAGGAACAAAAUGACUUGCAAGAUAAUUUGGCCUUAACCACAGGAUCAAUGUUUAACAUAGCUCACCGUGAUAUUUGUAAGGGAAAAACUGCCCACAACCGCACAGACAUAAACAGAAGUCAUGCCUCAUUCAAUAGCAUGCAACCACCUCUAACAUCACAGUCAAUACUUGAUGACAUGGGUAUCAUGUCAGCACAGCAAUACGAAAAGAUUAGUUUACAAAAUCCAUUCUGCAAAUCUGAGACGUCUCUAACUUUCAACCAUAGUAAUUCGAGAGGAGUGUACAGUACUGCCGACUCCUUAAGAAGGCCAAUCACCACGAGUGGUCUUGAAAUCCAACUAAGAAAAGGCCAUAACCUCAUUGUCAAAGAGUAUCAAGACUUGCAAAACAAGCUCUACAAUUUUGAAAUUUCUAAAGAAAAGGAGUCCUCCAACGAAAGGAGACUCAAAUAUGCACACAUGGAAAACAAACUAUGGAAAUUUCAAAGAUCACUCAACAUUUACAACGGAAAAAUCCCUCGUCCGAAUACAGGAGAUUACGAAGAUCUACUCGAUCACAUUGAAAUACUAACUCACAAUAGCCCCAUAGACGUCCUAAAGUGCACGACUGGUAGAUAUGGUGGAGUGGAUCUUUUUACAUCUCUUCAAGCUGGCGGGGAAUCCAGCAGCAAUCUGAAUCUCAAAAACACCAGAUCUUCGCAGCAGAAACACAACAAUCAGCAGGUAAACCCAAGUUUUCACACAAUUGCAUCCUUUAGAAGCCAAAAAAGAAUCCCAUCAGAUGAACAACUAAAAUCCAGCUCUGCUUCUUAA